AUGUCCCUCGUUAUAAUCGCGGUCACGGCACUCAGAGGUCCGUCCAGCGGUCGCGAUCUCUCCAGGAGAGGUGCGGAGGCGUGGCGUCACGACACGAUUUCCCAGGGUGGCAAGACGGAGCGGCGGGGGAAGGAGGAGGAGGAGGAGGAGGAGGAGGAGGAGGAGGAGGAGGAGGAGGAGGAGGAGGAGGAGGAGGAGGAGGAGGGAGCAUUUUCGGAGAGUUGA